AUGCACAAGGCUCUGGCCUCAGCUCCUGACCACAAGACCCUACGCAAUCGGGUUCCUGCUCGCUUCGACAAGUUCACGCCUGCCCCUGGAGGCGGCCUGCGGGACCGCAGGCUGGAGGCGCGCCGGCGUGAUUCCGACCGCGGGAGCCGGGAGGAGGAGCCGGAGGUAGCUGCGGGGGGCUCCGGCCCUGGAGAAGGAAGGGCAGGAGGCUGCUCCGGCCAGGGGCAGCGCCGGGAGGGUGUAAUGGUGGAGGCGGAGGGUCGGGGACUGCAGAGCCAGCCCCGGAGCGGGACGCGAACCGGCAGAGUUGGGAGAAGAGCCUCUGAGCCCAGGAGCCGAGCAUGCUGCCCCCGCGUGCAGCGCCCGCGUGCACCCAGCCCGGAGAGGGGGCGCAGAGCGGAGGCGGUGGCCCCCGGAAGGUGUCUGGGACCGGACCGGCUGCACGUGAGCCCAGCGCGGGGUCAUGUGCACCGGCUCAGCCCGGUUCGGCGCCCGGACGUGCUGCGUAUCAACAAAAUGAAACUCGGGGCGACAGGAAGGGUGAUAGCUCCAGGUUCUGCGAGCCCCCGCCCCGGCCGCUCAACCUCCCCCUGCACCCUGCCCCAGCCGCAGCCCCUCUAACCAGCCGGAGCCCGCGAGGCAAGUUGCAGCCCCGGCGCGCCCCCGCCCGCCCGCGCCCCCUCGCCGGCCCAGGGGCGCUCUGCCGCAGUCAUUAAUAAAGAAGGUCGCCAGGCUCACCCUUCCAAAA